CGGCUCUCGGAGAUGAGGUUCACAAGAUGCAUCACGAUGAUCCAGUUGGAAAUGCUACUGAAUGUCAUCUUUGUUUCGGGUGGUGAGGGAUCCUGUCAUGCAGACCUUCAUGUAUCUAUGCCAAACAAGAUGGAGGCAUUGAGUGACACUUGUUUGCAAAUUCCAUGUUCAUUUGAUUCCGUACCAUCAAAUCAAUUCGAUAAAAGCCAACCCAUUUUGGGUCUAUGGUUGAAAUCGUCCACUAAUAUUAAAGAUGUGGUUUUCCAAAGCAAAAUACAAGAUGAUAUAUAUCCAAUUAGUAUCAUUGGGAAUAUGAGUGAAUACAACUGCACAACUGUUUUUACAAACAUGAUCUCAAGUUAUGCCAACGUAUAUUACUUCAGAGUGGACAGCACCAGUUUCAAGGCAACCGACAGGUGCAAUCAUCUUACAAUCACAGUUAAAGAUUCAGCCCCAGCACCCUCCAUACAGACCCUCCCGGAGGGACCACUAACGGAGGGGAGCAGGGUAACGUUCACCUGCAGGGCCAUCGCACCCUGUCCCACCCAGCCGCCUCACCUGAGCUGGAACCAGUCAGGAGGCCCUGAGGGCCGGCCGGAACCGCACGGAGACCAAGAGCCUAACGUCAGGACCCGGCGGCUGGAUAUCAAUCUGUCGGACCGACAUGACGGGGUCCGCCUCACCUGUCUGGUGGAGUAUCCCGUGAACGACCCAGCAGGCGGCCCCAGCAUCAGAACAGCAGAGAGCGUCGUGACGCUCAAGGUUUCCUAUUCCCCGAAGGAUACCCAGGCCUCCGUCAGCCCCCCCACGGUGUCGCUGGGCAGUGUGGUCAACCUGACGUGCACCAGCAGAGCCAACCCCCCCGUUCUCCGGUUCACCUGGUUCAGGAGCAGUGCGGAGGGACCCCUGAACGUGUCAGAUGGAUCUUCGUACAGCUUCAAUGUGUCCAGCUACAGAGGAAUCUACUACUGCGUGGCCACGAAUCCCUUGGGAAACCAAACAUCAAAAGAGAUUACGCUAACUAUCAGCGGUGAAAGCGUCGGUAUAUCAACUUCUACCCAGUUGAAUGUCCUUCUGAUAAUUGGUGGAUUCUUUGGUACCGUCUUCUUUAUUGGUCUGAUCAUCGGUGUCCUGUGGUUACUGAAGAAACCUUUAACACAGCAACAGAAUCCAAUAUUCGAGGCGUCAGACAAGCAGGUAGAAGAGGAGAUCAACUACGGAGAGAUCGACUUUGCCAAGCGAGGUGCUGUGCAGAACCCAGGCCUGGUGUUCCCCCAGGGGGAGGAGCAGACCUCAGAGUACGUUGAGAUCACUGCUCAACAGGCUAAGAACACACAGAUCAGGGCUGAACUGGAGAGGAGCUGAAUAGUUUGGACUGGGAUCUCUUUAGUAUCCACUUAUGUCAGCAUGAACAUAUCCUGCUUAAAGUGUAAUUCCGGUGAACCCAGGGUCUUUG